AAUCAGGUGUAGGAAGCCAGGGAAAAAGCUCCCAGUCAGUACUUUCUUUGUUAAUGAAGUCGUCUGGGCCUUAGGGUGGGCGCCUAGUCAAUUGUAUCCAUAACAUUGAAGUUUAUCACAUGCCUAGAGGCGAAGUAGGAACUAGAAAGCCAAGUCUCAAGUCAUAAAGUAGAAACCAUAUAAGUUUAUAGACUUACUUCAGUUUUAGACAAGUUUUAAAUGAUGUACUUAGGCUCUUUAUCAAAGUCUGCUUUAUUAAUGCAUGCAGCAACCAUAAUUGUAUUUAUGAGUGGCUAUAGGAGCUAGCAAAGCUACUUAGGAUUUGGGAAGAAACCCAAAAUUUUGAUAAAGGUGAGAGCCAUAGAAGUGUAAAGGUCAAAAAGCACAAAAAAACUUGUCUCCUUCUUCACUCCACCUUAAAAAGAAAGCCUUAUUAUGCCUUGAAAUUCGAAAACUUCCAUGGGGAUUUGUGGUUUUGUUAAGUUGUUAACGUGCAGGUUGCCCCAAAAAGCAGCAAAAUCCAUUUGAAUUGAAGAAGCUGAAGCCGGGAGGCAUUGAGAGUGGACUUUUGAUUUUUGCAGCAACAAGUUAGUGGGAAAAAGAUUCAAACGACGAGCAUUUAAAAACAUGCCUUUACUAGCAGCCUUUCUUAUGAAUUUGGGAGCAAUAUCUUCGAACAAAGACAAAUCGCCCAAAAGGAGCAAGUUUUUUGGUCUGGAUUUGAAGAAGAAGAAGAAAAGGGUCAUGGAGGAGAGAAAGUCCUCCUCUGUAUCAGAUGUUGGAGCUUGGGGUAUGAACAUAAUCAGCUCAGUGGGCAUUAUCAUGGUCAACAAGCAGCUCAUGUCCCAAACUGGCUUCGCCUUUUCCUUUGCUACAACGUUAACUGGAUUUCACUUUUCUGUGACUGCGUUGGUGGGUUGGAUUUCAAAUGCCUCUGGCUAUUCUGAAUCCAAAUCUGUUCCCUUCUGGGAGCUUCUUUGGUUCUCAAUUAUCGCCAACACGUCGAUAACAGCCAUGAACUUCAGCCUCAUGUUAAACUCUGUUGGAUUUUAUCAGAUAUCAAAGCUAAGCAUGAUACCUGUGGUGUGUGUCAUGGAGUGGAUUCUUCAUGGAAAACAGUACUCUAGGGAAGUGAAGAUGGCCGUUGUCGUGGUCGUUGUCGGUGUCGGUGUCUGUACAGUGACUGAUGUGAAAGUCAAUGCCAAAGGCUUUCUUUGUGCCUUAGUAGCAAUCUUAUGCACGUCACUGCAACAAAUUUCUAUAGGUUCAUUACAGAAGAAGUACUCAAUAGGAUCCUUUGAAUUACUAAGCAAGACAGCUCCCAUCCAAGCACUUUCCCUUCUAACAGUUGGCCCAUUCAUUGACUACUGCCUUACUAGUAAAUCUCUACUGAAAUACAACUACGCUUUUAGUGCAUUUUGCUUCAUAUUACUGUCAUGCUCCCUAGCUGUGUUCUGCAACAUCAGUCAAUAUUUGUGCAUCGGACGCUUCUCGGCUGUAUCGUUCCAGGUUUUAGGCCAUAUGAAGACGGUAUGCGUCCUGAUGUUGGGGUGGCUGCUGUUCGAUUCAGAGAUGACAUUGAAAAACAUAUCAGGGAUGGUUCUUGCCAUUGUUGGGAUGGUGGUGUAUAGCUGGGCCGUUGAGAUUGAGAAGCAAGCCAAUGCAAUGGCCAUCCCUCAGACAAAGAGCCAACUUUCAGAUGAGGAGUUGAUGCUGUUGAAGGAGGGGAUGGAUGACAGUAGUUUGAAAGAUGAAGAGAUUGGUCAGCUCCCAAAAUGAUAUGAAUCAGUUUCUUUUUUCUCUGUACUUUUUUUGUCCUUUUUGCUCUGCCAUUUGUUACCCACCAAUGUGGAUUUUAAGUCCCCUAAAUGGUUAUUCUAGAUUGUGAAAUUUGUAUUUGAAUAAAAAUAUUUGAAAUUGUUGAUGUAAA